GAUCCACGUGGAUGUCUGGCAAAGAAGCUUCGUGUCCCUCCCCGCAGUGAGAGCGACACCUGCCCUGUUGAGCCACCAUCACCACCUAACAACCCUUUCUCCUCAGUUUCAUCCACAACCCUCUUCUAACACACUCUCACUUCUACUCUGCUCCUCGUAACCUCUGCUAAUUACUUGUAGGUUCUUCAUGGAUCACUCUGAGGAAUCUCAGCAGCAACAGGAGGAGGUGAUUGAUAUUGCAUACGGUAUGCCUCAAUACCAUGCUGGACCAGGAGUUGCCACUGGGACACCUGUUGUGCCCGUUUCGGCAGCAACUCAGGCGCAACAUUUCUUUCAGCAAAAGCUGCAGCUGCAGCAACAGGAUCAGCUUCAGGCGUUUUGGGCUAACCAAAUGCAGGAAAUUGAACAGACCACAGACUUCAAAAACCAUAGCCUUCCGCUUGCUCGCAUUAAGAAGAUAAUGAAAGCUGAUGAAGAUGUGAGGAUGAUUUCGUCCGAGGCCCCUGUUGUAUUUGCCAAGGCGUGCGAGAUGUUCAUCAUGGAUCUGACUAUGCGUUCUUGGUCUCACACCGAGGAGAACAAAAGGAGGACGCUGCAGAAGAAUGACAUUGCAGCAGCAGUUUCAAGGACUGAUGUCUUUGAUUUUCUUGUUGAUAUCAUCCCGAAGGACGAGAUGAAGGAGGACACAAGGGCUUCAAUCCCGCUGAUGGGUCAACCUCCCGCUGAUUCUGUUCCAUAUUACUAUGUUCCUCAGCAGCAUGCAGCAGGACAAGCAGGGUUUUAUCCUGAUCAGCAUCAGCAGCAACCACUGCCAUAUAUGCAGUGGCAGCAGCCCCAACAAGACCAAAAUCAGCAGCAGCAGGAGAAUGGCAACUGAGAAUCUGUCUUGAAUCUGUAUUGUUCUGCUGUGAUUACUAGCGUUUAGUAUAUAGUUGGUGUUUUAGAAGAGUCUGUGUAGGUUCCAGUCAGUGGUCAAGUAGUGUGAUGAUGGGAGCUUGAACUAUGCAAUAUAUUUGCAGGACAUAAUGUAAUUGUAUAAUAAGACCAUUCUAGGGUAAUGUUUUCUGUUUA